CCCUGUGACGUCACAGCAGACACUCAUUUUAUCCUCCUGACUGACGAAAUGUUGUGCUUGCGGUAAAUACGCGGAACAGCCAGUAGCUUCUUCUUCUAACCUGGCAUUUGACAGUUUGCUAUUGCCACGAAUUCAGUCAUGCCAUUAAAUGGUGUAAAGUCGACUUUGUUUCCGUGCAAGCCUAGCUGCAUCGUUGAAGCUAGUUAGCUUGCUUAGGUUAGCUCCGCCGUGAUGCGUUUAAAGGUCCUCCGUCCUGUCUGCUUAACAUCCGACUGAGAGCAAAUUGCGAGAUGGAAGGCUGGGAUGAGGAGGACUCGCUGGAAGCACCUGAGUUGCCUCUGGAGAUUGUAGUCUACAUCCUGACCUUCCUGCAAACUCCAGACAGAAAGGAAGCAUCACUAGUUUCCCGUAGCUGGUACAUUGCCAGCCAGGACUUGUGUUUUCAAAGGAAUGUCACAUUUUGCUUUCCAGCUUCAACCUCAUCCCUGGAGCUGGUCAGGAGUCUUGGACAACGGUCACGCUGCAGCCUGAUCAUCAAACAGCUCGAUGGGUUCAGCUUGUCCAGGUCAUUGCUGCAGGAGGUGGGCACAAGUGUUGGCUCCAAGUUGGAAAGUUUAGCACUACCUGGCAGCAGUGUCACUGAGGCCUCCUUGUUGGCUCUCCUCCCUCGUCUCACUUCACUCCGCAGGCUUGACCUAAGAGGCCUGGACAGCCUUUUCAUGUCCGGAGCGUUCCUCUCCAGGAAGGAACACAGACAGCAGAUUAAGUCGGCCCUGUGCGGCCUUGAGGAACUGGACCUGUCCGACCUGCGCUACCUCUCCGACCUCACCUUCAAUCGCCUGACGGGCUGCACACCUCGCCUCCGUCGCCUCUCGCUGGCUGGCUGCCACAUCGCUUUUGAGUUUGACCCCUACAGUGGCUGCCCGGUGGGAACUGUUGAGGUUUCCUCCGCACUCCUCUCACUCAGGAACCUGCGCAAGUUGCUAACGGAGCAGAGCGCCACCCUUGUUGCUCUGGACCUCAGCAGAACCUCGGUCACCCCUGAGUCCCUUCGCACUAUUGCCCAGGUUGAAGGUUUGACUUUGGAGGAGCUGUGUCUGCAAAGUUGCAAAGAGCUGACGGACUACUCGGUGGAGGUUCUGGUAAAGCACCAGCCGGGCCUCCAGAAAGUGGACAUCAGCUGCUGCACCGAGCUGACCAGCAGGGCCGUGGUGGCCGUAGCACGAGGCCUGAGCUCCCUUACACAGCUCUCUCUGUCACGCGACUGGAAGAUCACUGAGACAGGCUUGGCCGACCUGGUGUCCAUCCCAUCACUGCGGAAUCUGGAUCUAUCCGAGUGUCUCCACGUCGGCGGUGCGGAGAUGGUGAAAGGCUUGUCACGAUGCCUCUCUGAGCGAGCGCAACUGGAGAAGCUCAACCUUCGGAGCUGCACUUACAUGCGGGAUGAGGCUGUUUUCACCCUCACGCAGCUUCUAGGCAGCACGCUACGUGAACUGGACUUGACCUCGUGCGUCAAUGUGACCGACCUGUCGGUGCGCGCCAUUGCCACCUACCUGCAGGGCCUGCUGGUGCUGCGUCUGGGCUGGUGUAAAGAGGUGACAGACUGGGGUCUGCUAGGGAUGGUGGAGACGAGCGCCUGUGAGCUAGACGAGGAGAAGGAGGACAAGGGCCCCAGGUUCACACGCACCUUCGGCAAUAUGGGCUUUUUCAAGCCUCCGCGUUUGCCCUUCGAGGAGCGACCCAAGUUGGUAACGCCCGAUGACCUGAAGCAUUUCAAACAGCAAGCGGGAGUGUCACUGUUGGCGCUCAGCAGGCUGCGGGAGCUCAAUUUGUCCGCCUGCUGCAAACUCACUGACAGCAGCAUCACACAGGUUGUGCGCUUCACAGAACUCCAACAUCUCUCUCUGUCCUCGAUGACUGACAUUACGGACGCCAGCUUGUCAGCUGUGGCCCGACACUGCCGCGCCCUCACCAGCCUGGAGCUCAGCCGUUGUGCGCACAUAAGCGACCGCGGCGUGGAGCAGGCGGUGCCGCACCUCCACAGGUUGCAACAUCUCUACCUCUCCGGUUGCAAUAACAUCACAGAUAAGUCUCUGUUCCUGCUGGCUCAGCACUGUAAGCGACUUAAAACACUGGACGUGUCAAAGUGCAACAAGAUCUCAGGAACAAUGGUGGACCACCUUCUAUCACAGCUGCACUUUUUGGAAAAUAUCUAUUACAAACUACCUUAUGGGACCGACUUUUCACUCUGAUUGAAAUGUUCUGGAUGACUUUUCGUCAAACAAAUCUGCUGACCAAAACUGUUAAGAAGUAUUGAGGUUUAAUCUGGUAUAAAUCACUAUCUAUGGAACGUCCUGUUCUAAUUAGUCAGUCACUUUUGUUGGUGUUGAUCAUCAACAGUGUUGAAUUGUGUUGGUGAACUCUUAAAUGCACCAGAACUGACUCUUAUAUAAAAUGUUUUUAUAAAUAAAACACUGUCACAAAAAUUA